AUGAGACAUGAUAUUUUCUUAGAGAAAGACAUAUAAAUCUAAGAGAAGAUAGGUGAAGGAGCAUUUGGUUAAGUCUAUAAAGGAUAAUAUAAAAAUGAAGAAGUGGCAAUUAAGGUAAAUAAAUUAAGGUUGAAUAUUUAGUUAAUGUAAGGGGCAUAAAUAUAGGAAACAUCAAUUAUGGAAAGUCUUAAACAUUAAAAUAUUAUUGAAUUUUAUUAGGUUAUUUAUGUAGAUAUAGUUUUAGUAUUUGAAACGUGGAAAUUGUUAAUAUUUAAUAAUGGAAUAUGCAGCAGGAGGAUCAUUAAAAGAAUUAAUGAAAAAAAGUUUAGAAGAGUCUAUAAUUAGUUAAAUAAUGUAAUCAAUAUUUACAGGUGUUGAAUACCUUCAUUCUAAAUAGAUUAUUCAUCGUGAUAUUAAACCUGGUAUUUGAUACAUCAUUUAAUUAGAUAAUAUCUUAAUUAAAAAUUCAGAAGACUUAUCUAGUAUAAAAAUAGCUGAUUUUGGUUUAAGUUAUAAAUAUAAACCUGAAAUACGUUACUAUUAGACAGUUUCAGAAUAAUGUGGAACAUUUAUAUUUAUGGCACCUGAAUAAAUAUUGAAUAAAUCAUAUAAUAAAGCUGUUGAUAUGUGGUCUUGUGGUAUUGUAUUUUACAUGCUUCUUAAUUAAGGAUAACAUCCAUUCUAUCCUAGAAUUAACACUAAAAAAGAAUUUAUUAAUAGCUUUCCUAAUUUAAAAUAUGAAUAACCUUUACAUGCAUCUCCUCUAGCUAGAGAUCUCUUAUAAAGAUUAUUAUAAUUCGAUCAAGAUUCUCGAUAUACUGCUUCAUAAGCUUUAGUUCAUCCAUGGAUUACUCGAUAAUUUCAUGAUCCAAUUCCUAUGAGUCUAAAAUAAUUCGGAAUAUGUUAAGAAUUAAAAAAUCAAGUAUUUUUUAUAAUAAUUAUAGAUUUUUUAAUAAUUAUAAUCUAUUUUGUUUAUAAUUUAAUUGUAGAAAUUAUCAAUUAAACAAUCUCCUUUUUAAUAAAAAACAUAAAUCACUUAAUUUAAAUUUUCAAUUGCUGAAUUUGAUGAAGAUUAAUAUGAAUAACAAAAUCUGGAUACAUAUAGUCCAAGAAAUUAAUAAUUUCUUAAUAAAUUAUCAAUAACAAGACCCACAAAAAUGUUUAAAACUUAUCGAACUCUUAAUUGUCUUUCUUAAAAAGAAAAAAAUUGUCGUUUAAAUGCAAUUAGUAAUUAAACUUAUGAAUGCUCUUAAGAAUUUAAAUUCCUAAAGUUUUAGUAAUAAUUCAGCAUUGAUAAUGAAUAAAUAAUUAUUCAAUUUGAUCCAGAUUCUUCUAAGAAAAAUCAAAAAAUUAUUUAAUCAAAUAAAGCUAUUCUUCCUACAUUAACAGAAUUAACAUAGCCUUCUCUCAGUCCUGUUAAAUUAAAUAAGAUUCCUAUUAUAAAGCAGAAAUCAUUUAGAAAAACAGAAUCCUCUUUUUUUUUAGGAUUAAAUAUAAUCAAUAAUGAUUAUGCUCAAGAGUCAAAAACAUAAAGAAUUAAAACAGAUAUUCAUGAUAGAGACUCAAUUCCUUCAAUUAAUACUCGAAGAUCAAUUGUUAAAAACAAUAUCUUAAAUUUAGUGCCAUCUUUAAAUUAUAAAAUAACAAAUUAGAACAAUCUUCUUAUUCCUAAGAAAAUUAUAUGA